CAACGAGAAAGGGGUUUGGUAGCGUUGCUGUGCGGCGUGAUCUGUGCGCAGCGCGGAUGGAGGAAACAGUUUGAGGCUGAAACACUCCGACUACUGACGCGCUUCAGCGGAAAACGGGUCCGCGCGCUUGCAUACGUCCUUGAUUUAAUGGGUCCAAUCAUCGGGAUGUCGCCGGAUAAGAAAGCAGAAUCCCCGGGUGUUCUGGGCGAGCGGACGGGCCUGCGCGGGGUUUGUGGGACGCUGCCCGAAGCCGAGUGUGCCGCCAGUCCUCUCGCCACCAGCUUGGACCGCAGCUCCAGCUCAGGAGACGAGGAACUCACCAACCUCAACUGGCUCCACGAGAACCUGCUCCAGAACUUCACGCUGGGAGGCCCCGAGGCCCAGUCGAGCCCGAGUCCACUGUUCGACAUCGAGGGGAACCGCGGCAGAUCCGUCAGCUCGUCGACGGCUUCGCACGGGGGAGAGUCCAUGAAGUCCAAGCCGCCGUUCUCCUUCUCCCUGCUCAUAUACAUGGCCAUCGAACAGUCUCCCAGCAAGUCUCUGCCGGUGAAGGACAUCUACGGCUGGAUCCUGGAGCACUUUCCGUAUUUCUCCAGCGCCCCCACUGGCUGGAAGAACUCGGUGCGGCACAACCUCUCCCUCAACAAGUGCUUCCGCAAGGUGGAGAGGAGCCUUGGGAAGGUUAAUGGGAAGGGUUCUCUGUGGUGUGUGGACCCUGAAUACAGACCCAAUCUGAUCCAAGCCCUGAAGAAACAGCACUUUCCCACAGCCCACUCCUUCUGCACACCCCCUGCUUCCCCACCCAGUGCCUUCUCACCCGCACGCCACCUCUUCCUCCAGGACUGCUCUCUGAAAGAGUCUGACAUUGAUGCGGCGACUGCUAUGAUGCUCUUAAACUCGGCCCCUGGACACCACGCUGACCCAUGUGACCCGGACAGCCCUAUAGACCUCUCACGCCGGGACUCGGUCCUAGUGAGCAGCGACCCAAAGCAGGACCACAACUACAGCAGCUCGUCCUUCCAGCGCUGCUCGUCUCGCUCUUCCUCGUCCUCCUCGUCCUCACUCUCAUCCCUGGACGAGGCCGGCUGUGAGUCCGGCCAGGCCCGUCGCGCCGGGAGCGAGGGUUUCCACAGCGAUGAAGACUCGGAUGAGGAGAGGAACUCACGACUGCCCUCGCUCACCGUCAAGUGUCCUCUUCCAGGAAAACGGGCCCGGCACGAGUCCAAACCGGAGCUGGACGAGGAGUUGAAAGAGGCGGCCGGGUCUCUCUUGCACCUCGCCGGGAUCCGAUCCGGCCUGGAUCUCUCCAAGCAAACGGCCAAGAGUAAAAAACUGGAAAAGCACCGGAAAUAAAGCUGAAAA